GCCGCCGGGCCCGGGCGUGCGGCGGACGUGGGUCGGCUCGGCCGUGGGAUGGUGCGGGGAGGAGGGCCGCGCCGCCACAGCGCCUCGGAGGGAGCGCGGGUUCCGGGGGCGACGAGGCCCGGCGGCCCGGCGAGCGGUCACAAUAGGAGGCGGCGACCCGGCGCGGAGCCGCGGGACCAGCCCCGCAGGGCGGAGCCUCCCUCUCCAGAUAUCUCCCGGGUCCAAUACAGCACCUCUACCUGGCCAUCCUAACAAGGUGAUUUGUGAAAGGGUGAGACUUCAGAGCCUGUUCCCUCUCCUCCCAAGUGAUCAGAACACUACCGUUCAAGAGGAUGCCCACUUCAAAGCUUUCUUCCAGAGUGAAGAUAGUCCAAGUCCCAAGAGACAGCGCCUCUCUCAUUCAGUCUUUGAUUAUACAACAGCAUCACCAGCUCCCUCACCACCAAUGCGACCAUGGGAGAUGACAUCAAAUAGGCAGCCCCCUUCAGUUCGACCAAACCAACAUCACUUCUCAGGGGAACGAUGCAACACACCUGCACGCAACAGAAGAAGUCCUCCUGUCAGGCGCCAGAGAGGAAGAAGGGAUCGUCUGUCUCGGCAUAAUUCCAUUAGUCAAGAUGAAAACUAUCACCAUCUUCCUUAUGCACAGCAGCAAGCAAUAGAGGAACCUCGAGCCUUUCACCCUCCGAAUGUAUCUCCCCGUCUAUUACACCCUGCUGCUCAUCCACCCCAACAGAAUGCAGUAAUGGUUGACAUACAUGAUCAGCUUCAUCAGGGCACUGUCCCUGUUUCUUACACAGUGACAACAGUGGCACCACAUGGGAUUCCACUCUGCACAGGCCAGCACAUCCCUGCUUGCAGCACACAACAGGUCCCAGGAUGCUCUGUGGUCUUCAGUGGGCAGCACCUCCCUGUCUGCAGUGUGCCUCCUCCGAUGCUUCAAGCAUGUUCAGUUCAGCACUUACCAGUACCAUAUGCUGCAUUCCCACCCCUUAUUUCUAGCGAUCCAUUUCUUUUACAUCCUCCUCACCUUUCUCCCCAUCAUCCUCCUCAUUUGCCACCACCAGGCCAGUUUGUCCCUUUCCAAACACAGCAGUCACGUUCGCCUCUGCAAAGGAUAGAAAAUGAAGUGGAGCUCUUAGGAGAACAUCUACCUGUAGGUGGUUUUACGUACCCUCCAUCAGCUCAUCCCCCAACAUUACCUCCAUCAGCUCCGUUGCAGUUCUUAACACAUGAUCCCUUACAUCAAGAGGUGUCUUUUGGAGUACCUUAUCCUCCUUUUAUGCCUCGGAGACUCACAGGACGUAGUAGAUACCGGUCCCAGCAGCCUAUGCCUCCUCCCCCUUACCAUCCCAGCUUACUACCAUAUGUGUUAUCCAUGCUUCCAGUACCACCUACAGUGGGCCCAACUUUCAGCUUUGAAUUGGAUGUGGAAGAUGGAGAAGUAGAAAAUUAUGAGGCCCUUUUAAACCUAGCAGAGCGUCUGGGAGAGGCUAAGCCACGAGGACUAACUAAAGCAGAUAUUGAACAGCUUCCUUCUUACCGGUUCAAUCCUAACAACCACCAGUCAGAACAGACUUUGUGUGUAGUAUGCAUGUGUGAUUUUGAGUCAAGGCAGCUACUUAGAGUUUUACCCUGUAACCAUGAGUUCCAUGCCAAGUGUGUUGACAAAUGGCUUAAGGCAAAUCGUACUUGCCCAAUUUGCCGAGCUGAUGCUUCAGAAGUUCAUCGCGAUUCAGAAUGACCGACCUAAGAGCACAAAUUUCAUUUGGUUGUUCCUCAUCACAUGUAUAUACGGACUAUAUCCAUUGAACUUAAUCUGUGGCUUCCAGCCCUCCCUUUUUCAAAAGGGUCAAUGGACCUUUCUUUGCACUGUGUGACUUAAUCAACUAUAAAAGCUUACAAUUAGUCUUCACAAUUAUGGGAUUGUUAUACUAACCGUGUGACUGGAACUCCAAAGACUUUUUCUUUAGCUUAUUUUGUGUGUGCACUAACAUUCCCUGGUUUUUGUGUGAUCAUUCCGAGUGUUGCUGCAAGAUUACAGUGGACGUGAUCUUUUAGCAUGUGCUUUUAUAAAAAGUGGUAGCUCCAGAUGAUAUAGCAAUCUACCUUAUAUAGAGCCUUCAGAAACUGUGAGUGGAAAUGAAUGCAGCGUAUGACUGUCGGUGAUAAAUGUUUCUGUGUGCGUGUGUGCAACUACUUGUGUGAGGGCAUGGUAGCUAAAGUGCGUAUGAGAUCCUAUAUACCAGCAUGUACCAAGAAUGUGUGUGUAGUUUUAAUUAUGCUGCAAUGUAUAAUCUGGUGUGUUAUUUAAACAGCACUAGUACUGUACACUGGUUUAUUUUUCCCUUGUGUUUGCUGUUGCACACUGAUUGCUAAGGGUGCAUCGAUUAUAAGCAUUGAAUACUCCUGUCCCUUUCCCUCCCAAUGAAUGGAAUGAGAAAGCCUUCUUCCUUUGCUUCAGGCAGCUGUCACCUUCUCUUCGUGGUGGCCCCAAGUGGGUCACUUAAGAAAAAGCGUAGCAGAAUCUCACUCCAUGAACCUGAUCUUUUUAUUCAGUUGUGAAAAAAAUUUUUUAAUCUCCAACUUGCUGUUUUCCAAAAAGAAGGUGCAAUAUCAUACAUCAUCUGUUAGCAAUAUUAGCAUUUCAAUCAAUGGUUUGAAUGUUGAUACUGUUUUUUUUUUCCUUUACAUUUCCAGUAAGCUUCUUAUAGGAAGCACUUGUGAUGAUUUUUUAAAAAUAUUUUGAUUUGUAGUCUAUUCUGAAGAUAUGAGUAAUAUAUUUUUAAGAAUACCACUGGUCCCCCACAAAGUCUAAUCUCUUUGACUUCUGAUACUUUGCCUUUGUUCAAGUGCCCAUUGGCAACUAAAUUAUUUUAAGUAAGCUGUAUUUUUGUUUAUAAUAAUUCACCUAACAAGCUCCAGUUCUGAAAGUUGCCUAGUUGUUCAUCCCUCAGUAAAUGUGCUUCUCAUCAAAACCAUUUUCAGGAUGGAUCAAAUGCUGUGACAGUUCAAGUUCCUUAGACCUGAUCUACUUCGAUGUUUUACUGCUUUUGUUUGAGAAAUUUUAAUAUAACAGGUGUCCAGAAUACUUGCAGUAUAAAUAAGAUUUGAUUUUUGUAUAAAAAUAAUGCUGUAAAAUGGGAAUUGACCUUCAUUUAGUUGACCUGAAAUACAUAGUUGUGUGUUUUUUUUAAAAGGUCCAUUAACCAUAAUUCAGAUUAUUUAAAGUCAUUUUUUCAAGCAGUGCUUAGAUUUAGCUCUUGUUUUAAUGCAUUGUCUGCCUCUUCUGCGGUUACUUCAUUACUUUAUUUACAGUAGCACAAGCUACAUAAUUUCAGUCAGAACUGUGAUCACUUGCUUGCUACCAGCCUUACUCAGCUUUUUGUUGGCUCUGCAUCAGCUUCUACUCAGUGUUAACUGCCUGUCACUGCCAUCCUGUUUUCCCUCCCUUGAAGAUUAAAAGCUCAUCACAGUUUAGAACUUAGUAAAAUCUAUUCACACAGAAGCACAAUUUUGCCCUUUUCCAAACACUGUUGCCUCUCUACUAGUCAAACAAACAGGAUUUUGCAUUCUUUCUGUUUGUUCCUAUACUUGUCAGU